AUGGGAUUUGGUUCUAUGAUUUGUUGUGGAAAAGGAUUAGAUCGGAAAGGGCAAGGCAAGAAGCAGCCAAGUUGGCGGAUUUUCUCAUUGAAGGAGUUACACGCUGCCACUAACAACUUUAAUUAUGAUAAUAAGUUGGGUGAGGGUGGAUUUGGAAGUGUCUACUGGGGUCAGCUUUGGGAUGGAUCACAGAUUGCAGUCAAGAGGCUGAAGGUGUGGAGCAACAAAGCCGAGAUGGAAUUCGCUGUCGAAGUGGAAAUACUAGCCCGUGUGCGCCACAAAAAUCUGCUCAGCCUUAGGGGGUAUUGUGCCGAAGGGCAAGAACGUCUUAUCGUGUAUGACUACAUGCCUAAUCUAAGCUUACUCUCUCAUCUCCAUGGACAGCACUCCUCAGAAUGUCUCUUAGACUGGAAGAGACGGAUGAACAUUGCAAUAGGCUCGGCUGAAGGAAUUGCCUACCUCCACCACCACGCAACCCCACACAUAAUCCACCGCGACGUGAAGGCUAGCAAUGUGUUACUAGACUCAAACUUUCUGGCCCAAGUUGCAGAUUUUGGAUUCGCCAAGUUCAUCCCCGAUGGUGCAACACAUGUCACGACGAGAGUGAAAGGCACGCUCGGCUACCUAGCUCCCGAAUACGCAAUGCUGGGGAAAGCCUCGGAGAGCUGCGAUGUGUACAGCUUUGGGAUACUGCUGCUGGAGCUUUGCAGUGGGAAGAAGCCACUUGAGAAAGUGAAUGCCACGGUUAAACGCACAAUCACUGAGUGGGCACUGCCGUUGGCAUCCUCCAAGAAGUUCGAUGAGGUGGCAGACCCACGGCUGGAUGGGAAGUUUGAUGCAGAAGAGAUGAAGAGGGUUGUUCUUGUGGCUCUGGUUUGUGCACACAGCAAGCCCGAGAAACGACCCACGAUGGUGGAAGUGGUGGAGCUACUGAAAGGGGAAUCAAAGGAGAAGCUGAGUGAGCUGGAGAAUGACGAGCUGUUCAGGACUGCUGAAUCAUCAGGUUUGGAGGACUCGAGAUUACCUGCAGAGGACGGCUCAGAUGUGAUUUCAGAAGCGAAUGAUUCUUAG